AUGUUGGGCCGUAGAGGAUCAUACAGGUCAAGGCGGGAUGAAUACGGGGACUGGGACGAUUGGGAAAACGCUAACCCAAAUGUAGAUUCUCGUAAACCAAGAGAUUAUGUUUCUCUGGGAGAGGUCACUCAAAUUGGUCCUGACGGUCGCUCAGUGGAAACAAGAUCAAUGGAAUCACGAUCAUUGAGUAGACUCAAAAUCAAGAAGAGUCCUACAAAGUACCACUAUCCUGGCAUGGAACGGCGAGAUAGCCGUGGUGAAGAGGAGAAACGUCCCGUAUCCCGGGGAUCGUCCGCGAAGAACACUAUAUGCGUUUGUGGAGCAUCAGCCUUCUACGAGCGAGAGAAGGUACAAAUAGAGCGGAUGAAGAAACAAGUCAAGAGUGAUGCCAUCAAGUUGCAGUCAACAGUGGAACAAAUGGAUCAGGAUCGGGACGAAAUACGUCAACGAACGGAUGAAAUAGAACGACGAGAAAAACUAGUUAACGAAGCGCAAAGUCAACUAGAUGAAGAAAGAGCAAGAGUUGAACGCGAAUGGGAGGAAUUAAGAAACCAAGAAGCUGAUAUAAAGAAUUUUGAGAGCGUUAUAGAGGAGCAAGAGAAUGCAUGCCUCAAGAAAGUGCGGGAGCUACAAAAGCUUAAAAGGGACCUAGAGGAUCGCGAAAGUAAACUGAAUAAGGAGAAAGAAUCUUUAUACAAACAACAAACGGAGUUUACAAGUAAAGAAGAUCGCAUUAAGAGCUUAGGUAGUAGAUUAGAAGCGAAAGAACAGAAAUUGUUAGAAAGACAAGAACAGACCGACAGGGAUCAAGCGGUGUUGGAGGAGCAACGGAAAAGUUUGGCCCAGCGGGAGCACACGCUUAAUGAAGAGUUGGCUUCGUUGGAGGAGAGCCGUUUGGCGUUUGAGGAGCGCCAUACCAAGUUGACGGCGAGUGAACAGGAGUGCGCGCGACUGAUGGCGACAUUGUCUGAGAAGCAGCAAGUUUACGACCGGGUUAUCAACGACGAGCGCCAGAUGAAGGAGCGAGUGGAGCGCUAUGAAAAAGAUAUCCGCGCCAAGUUGGAUUGCGAAGCUCGGGACCUCAAGAGACGCUCUAGCGAGCUGCAACUGCGAGAAGAAGACUUUGCCAGCGAGAUGAAUCUCAAACACGAGUGGCUCCAGUCGUCCACUGAAGAAGUGGAGAAAGCUAAACAAGAGUACUUCGCAUGCCCUGGUCACAUCCCUGGUCACAUCCCUGGUCACAUCCCCGCUGGUGGCCCACCCCCGCUGGUGGUCCACCCCCGCUGGUGGUCCACCCCCUCUAGUGAUCUUCCUCCCCCUUGCUGGUUCACCACCCUGUUUUUUUUCCACACAAGUUCUGCACGCAGGUUUGCGGAGGAGGUGGAGGGCCAGCGCGAGAAGGUGGACCAAAUGAGGGCGCGGUUGCGGGAGGACGUGGACCGUGAGCAUGCAGAGUUGCGUCAGAUUCGGGAAAGUCAACAGGCGGAGAAUACGCGGUUGACGGCAUUCCGGUCUGAGUUGGAAGACCGUGAGUUGCAGUUGAUAGCGCAGUCGAAUGAGGUGAGUAAGAAGGCAUUGGAAUUAGAGAAGACGGAGCAGGAGAGGAGUAGCGCGGUCCAGAAGAAGGAGAGGGAGUUAGAGAGAGGUCGUUUGGAGCAGACCCGGUUACGGAAUGCAUUGGAGGAGAAGGAGAGGGAGUUAGAGCGGGAAUUAGGUGACGUGCGUGAACAGACGAACGUUCUGGAGGACCGUUGGGCGGAAUAUCAGGGACACAAGGAAGAGUUGAGUCGGGCCAAGCAGGCGGUGGACGAGGAGCUGCGGCAGCGGCGGGUGGAGUGGAAGAAACACGAAGACGAAUUGCGACGGCAGAAGACUGACUUGGAGCGGGCACACGAAUUAUGCUUGAAACGGCAGAGUGACAAAAUGAAUGUGCUGGAACAGCGAGAAAACGCAUUGGAACAACGAGCUAAACAACUCAACGACCUGGAAAGCGUUCUGCAAACCCGCUGCCGGGAACUCGACGAGAAAAACGCAGUGGUUCUCGCCCGUCAAAACGACCUCGAACAAUACGAACGAGCACUCCGUAACAAAGAGAACGCCAUCGGUCGACGAUACCAAGACCGACAGACGAUCGAAACCGCUCUUAGCGAGAUUAACAAGACCAAGACAGAACUCGAAGAACGCGAAAGAAAUCUUGAGUGGCAAAAGUCGCUAAUGAGACAACAACAACAUCGUAGUCAAUCCCCAUCCCGGAAACGUUCUUUCUCGCAACAACGACGAGCUCCUCUUAUCAACCCUAGUCCCCUACCGGAACUCACUCUCAGUUCAGCACAACCAGCCAGGGGACGCCAACCCCCACCCUACUCCUGUCCACCAGACGCCUGUCAACCCACUUCUAACGAAGUAGCUGACAACCCCACCGACCUACCACGUGACCUGCCCGGUAGCGACCUUACCCGUGACCUACCAUCCACUGCCGACCUGCCGUCCAACCCUAUUGGUACCAGCUCCUUCACCGGGGCUAGCCCUUUCAACGGCACCAGUCCUUUCAACGGCAGCAGUCCUUUCGCCGGAGGAGGAGUCAGACAAGCGCCGCAGUCCAUCAUCACGACAAUGAGCCAAGCUGCUGUCGACCAACCCCCGAACGCCUCACACGACCCCCGACCAAUGAAACCUCUCUACAUAGACAGGUCAAGUGUAACUCGAACCAGAGGAAACAACACAGUAGCUGACAGUCUUAAAACACCCCAAUCGCUUCUAUUUACUCAACCUGAUCAGCGAAGCCAACCCGACGGUUGUAGCCAACCGGAUCGUUCCAGCCAACCAGAUCACUGUAGCCAGCUGGACCGGUGUAGUCAGCUGGACCGGUGUAGUCAGCUGGACCGGUGUAGUCAGCUGGACCGGUGUAGUCAGGCGGACCGGUGUAGUCAGGCGGACCGGUGUAGUCAGGCGGACCUGGAGUACACUCAGCCGGAUGUAGUCGGAGUGACGCAAAGUUCGUACAACCCUUCCGGACUGAACGACAAUCGGGUUAGCCGCCAGUCGACGGAGCAAGAGGAAGGGGCGGCAGCUAGUGAGGAGCCGAGUGGUGAAGGUGAUGGUUCGUUGUCUAACUGCGCAGUGGGGGUGGCGAUAUCUAGUGAUCGAGUCUGUCGCCAGUUGUCUGUUGAGUCUGUAGUGAGUCAACGUAAAGAGUCGAACGACAGCUGGGAGUGGUCCCGACGUGGAGGAAGGUCGGCUUACAGGAAGAGAAGCAGUUACGACGAGAAAAGGGGACGGACCACGUCAUCUUCUGAGUUGGUAAACGGGUCUAGUUUUGACCCCGGCUCGACGGGAAGGAACGGAAUCGGCACCGGCCCUCUGGGAGCUGGUGAAGAGGGGGCAGGUCGUGAAGUGGCUGGUCCUCCUGAGAGUGGAUUUGGUGUCCCGGGCAGAAGUAUGAGAGGCAUGACGCAGGACAUGACCGUGACCGGCGGCGGAAACGGUCCUGGGAACAUGGGUAUGAGGGGCGGUCGGUUGAGCACACACAGUGCGGAAGGCGAGAGAGAGAUGUCAAGUAUUUCUCCGGCCAAGAUGGCGACGGUGAUUGCCAAGUACAAUGAGAAGAAGGCAGAGGUGGGCCACGAGCAGGCGCAGAUGCGGGAGCAAGAAGAGUGCCGAAAGAAAUCUUUGGAAGAGGACCUGCGAAAGCAGAAGGAGUCUGAGAGGCAGCGGCGAGAAAGCGAGGAGCGGGAAGCGGAGGAACGUGUACAGCAAUUAAUGACCGAGCGCAAGCGACGGUCCAGUCGCCUCUCGCCGGAGGCAGGACCCCCGAGCGGCGAGGGCGAAGGGGUACGGAGUGGCAGAGACUCAGCACUGAGCGGCAGAGACUCGGUCAAGUCGUUCGGGACAGGCGGCGCAACCGCGACGGUGAGAGAUCCUAUAGGACGAGGCUCGACGGGACGAGGGCCGACCGCACGUGUCUCGGCCGGACGAGGGACGACCGGACGAGGGUCGACCGGACGAGGGUCGACCGGACGAGGGUCAACCGGAAGAGAGUCGACCGGACGAGAGUUGACCGGACGAGGCCCGUCGACGACCAAGGGAUCCAUGGAGUGGAAUGCGGCCUGCCCCCAACUGCCCCUGCCAGACACCCAGUGUCCCCAGGUCGCUGAUAUCGGCAGUCUACCGGCGCCACCCAAGUCCCUAGUGGACCGAGGGAAACGCCUGAAGAGCAUUGAGCGGGUGCCUACCGGGGAGCAGGAGGACUGUCUCGCCUCGGACUUGGAGGACGACGACGAACUGGACAGACGGUUUGACGAGACCACAUUCCGGCAGCCUGUCAGGCGGGAGGCGGGCGGUAGAGGCUACCGCCAGUCCCGACGAGGCCGCGGAAUCGAGGACCGCGCGGAUGGGACCAUCGUCGCUGGAGAGCCGGCGGCUGAGAAAGAACUUGACCAGCAGGAGGAGCUUGCUGAAAGCCGAAAACUCAAGUUCUUCUCAGAACCUGGCUAUCCUCAGCUUUAUGGACGACUGCCGAAGGCGGCGGAAUUUUACAGCAGCCAGUUCGUGCCUUCUCGGCAAGUUAUUCCCGUCGUUCCGGGACCCAGCGGGAACGAGUACACGUCUGAUCCCGUGGCCAACUCAGCCUCUCUCAUGGAGAGAAUGGUCGCUCUAACACCGACGCAAGACGCCGUUCAAAGUCUGGACGCCUCGUUCGUAGAUUGCGAGGACGACUAA